AUGGAAAGAAAAACUGAAGGUAUACUGGCGAACGGACAAGAAAUAGCAGUGAAAAAACUUUCAAAAGCUUCUAAACAGGGAUUUGAGGAGUUCAAGAAUGAGGUUUCACUCACAGCAAAACUGCAGCAUGUUAAUCUUGUCAGAGUUUUGGGAUAUUGCAUUGAAAGGGAUGAAAAAAUUCUAAUCAACGAGUUCAUGCCAAACAAAAGCUUGGACUCUUACAUCUUCGACAAUGCGAGAAGAUUUCUUUUGGAUUGCAAAAAACGUGCUUAUAUCAUCGAAGGGAUUACUCAAGGGCUUCUAUAUCUCCAAGAAUAUUCAAGAUUGACAAUAAUUCACCGAGAUUUGAAAGCUGGCAACAUCCUUCUUGACAACGAGAUGAAGCCCAAGAUCUCAGACUUCGGCAUUGCUAAACUUUUCUCCAAGGAUAUUGGACAUGAAGCAAACACGGGAAGAAUUGUUGGAACAUAG